AUGGCCGGAAUGGAGUUUAACAACAUCAUUCUUCGUGGAGGAAAGCCCGGUGAGCGACAAAACAAGAUUUUACAAAGAUUGCAAACUCGGGAGAUCCUCGUUACCAGGUUUCUUCAGCCAAAUGUCUUACUGUUCUUCGUCUUUGUAUCAGACAAGCUGACUCAUCACUACGUUACUCGAGCUAAUCAUCAAAGAAGAAUGGAUCAUUUGGAACAAGAGAAACAAGAGCUCAAGGAAGAAGUUCCUAGGCUUACUGCUCUGAUGGAGUCUGUCAUUGCUGCUCAGAAUCAACCAUCUCCAACUCCUGCAACUCCUCAUCAAAGGACUGUCAUCUCUGAGGUCGUUUCAACAUCAGUGCCUGUAAUUCCUUCCAUCCAGUCUACACCAGCUAUGCGUACCAGAUUCCCGUGGGGAAUGCCUCCGAACUUUAUGCUUGAAGUACCAGUUCAACAACAACAACAACAACAAUGUACCCAUAACAAUCAUAACUACAAUAACAAUCAACAUAAUAAUUUUGAGAGGAAGAAGGGGGAGCCUAGCCAUGAUAUGGAAAAUUUCUACCAAUUGAAGUACGAGGUCCAUAAGUUGAUCAAGAGUGUUAUGGUUUCCUUUGAGGAUCGUGCGCCAAAUGUUAAAGCUAAUCCAUUGCCAGUUCAUGGCAAUUCUUCUGUGGAUAUGGUAUAUCGCUGUCCUGGUAAUUUCAGGGUGUUUGGUGUUCGUCGUAUUCAAAGGUCUUUGGUAGAGAUGCAUAGAACCAUAUGUUUCGUCAGUGAUUGUGAACAUGACCAUGAUGGUUGUGUUAUCUACAGUGUUAAUCCACGAGGGUGUAUGAUUGUCAAGAGCGACAUUCAGAAAUUGAUAGAUGAAGGUGUUAUUCAGAUUAUUCAUCCCAGAGAUAUGGGUAAUGAUGUGAAUGUUAUUGUGCCAGGUCCAGUCCCGUAUGCAUUCGAUAAAGUUGUACCUUAUAAGUAUAAUGCUACUAUAAUUGAGAAUGGGCAAGAGGUUCAUCUUCCCGCAGCAAAUUCAGUAGUGAGUGUUCCAUAUGUUGUUAAAGUGACCCAUAACGGUCGUGUAUUUGGCCCAGUACCUCCAAAGGUUGUGGAGGAUGUUGUGAAGAGUGAGUUUAAUAUUUUGGAGCAACUUCUCCAAACUCCAUCAAAGAUCUCUGUCUUGUCUUUGCUGAUGAACUCUGAGGCACAUCGAGAGGCGUUGCAGAAGGUGCUUGAGCAAGCAUAUGGUGAGCAAGAUGUCACAGUGGAUCAAUUUGAUCAUAUCAUCGCUAGUAUCACUUCAUGUAACAAUUUGAGCUUUUGUGAUGAAGAGCUUCAUGGGGAAGACAAAAAUCAUAACCUGUCCCUCCAUAUAUCCAUAAAUUGUAAAGAAGAUUCUUUGUCAAAUGUUUUGGUAGACACCGGUUCGUCAUUGAAUUUGCUACCCAAAUCCACUUUGGCAAGGUUGUCUUAUCAGGGCGCACCCAUGAGGUACAACAGUGUGGUGGUGAAAGCGUUCGACGGUUCUCGUAAAAAUGUCAUCGGAGAAGUGAACCUUCUAGUUAAAAUAGGCCCGAGUGAGUUCCAGAUUACUUUUCAAGUAAUGGACAUUCACCCGACCUACAACUGUUUACUGGGAAGGACGUGGAUUCACGAAGCUGGUGACGUCACGUCGACUUUGCAUCAGAAACUUAAAUUUGUUAAGAAUGGAAAAUUGGUUGUUGUGGGAGGAGAGAAAGCAUUGUUGGCAAGCCAUUUAUCUUCCUUCAGUUAUGUCAAAGUUGAAGAAGAACUUAGAACUCUGUUCCAAGCUUUAUCUAUAGUUGAUGAAGUUCAGAAUACUGGGGCAUCCAUGUCUUAUCUAAAAGAUGCAAAAGAAGUUGUUCAAGUUGGUGGCAUUGACAAGUGGGGUCGUGUCGUAUAA